AUGGCCAGGCCAUUGAGGUGUCUGCAAAUCUCCACAAUCAGGUUUCGAAAGGUGAGGAAAGCGAUCGAUCGCUUCCACUCUAUCUGGCAAGCUGACCAGAUCAUUGCCAAUAAAGCACAAGCUGCCAAGGUCCUAAAAGAAUUGCAUCGGAAAAAGAAGAUUGAAGAACGAACUGCAGUUGUCUACCACGCUAUUCAGGAUUCCUCGCAGAGCGUGACCCCAGAAGAUAUCGCCACACUCAAUGAAAGUAUCGAAAAUCUUCAGAAUGAACUGACUACCAUCAAAACGGAUGAUAAAAAGGUCCGAGCUACAUUGGCAUCUUUUGAGGGCAAGCCGCUCCUCUCCGAUCUUCGGCAGGAUAUCCAACGCCUGCAAGAGGAACGGGAUACUCUCCAAGAACGCCUAGGAGACCAAGCCGCCAGCGAUGAAGUCCAUCUUUCUAUGAAGGAACGAGAAAAUCUCGAAAAUGAAUGGAAGGAAUGGCAACGUCAUGCUACCCUCCGCCGUCGUAUGUGUCGAGAUCUAUGGGGGAGGUGCACCGAGGUCUUACCUGAUAAUAUGACAUUGUCAGAGCUUUGGGUAAGUCCCGCAGAUGGGAUCAGGGAACUGGGAUCACCUGGUAACGGACUAAAAUGGCUUGCAGGAGUCACUGGGGCUGGAAGGGUCUCUCCAAUGAGACAUCGUCGGGUAUUGACGCUAUGUUGGUGA